AUGACGCUCCUGCUCGACUCUGCCACAUCUCACGCCCGAUUUUUUGCUGGACACAUCGAGAAGCCAGAUGGAGAACAAGAGCCCGGCGCAGGCCCUCAGCAGCACGCGCGACUGCCCCAGUUGCAGCCCUUUAAAGAUCUGGGAGCCAAACUUCCAACCCUCUCUAGGGCGGUGCCCGCGAUGCCAGCGGGAGGCCGGUGA